UAUGCUUGGGGAGCGGCGCCAGCGGCGCUUUGAUCGUUUUGAGUGGCUCCUCAGUUUGUGUAGCUAGCGGAAAGAAAUUCAAGAGACAAAAGUUCGCGUUUAAUUAUUUAUUUUGUGCCCGGAGCAGAACCUGUUUGAUCCUGCUUCGGCAACAUGUCUACCGUCGAAGUGGAACAGACGAACGGCAACUACAUCGAUGACAACAUUCGGACCUUGAAGCUUCAGAGCCAUGUCGGGUUCGACAGUCUCCCCGACCAACUCGUCAGCAAGUCAGUCCAGCAGGGCUUCCACUUCAACAUUCUCUGCAUUGGCGAGACGGGCGUCGGCAAGUCGACGCUCAUGGAGUCCCUUUUCAACCGCUCUUUCGAGACUGCACCUAGUCCGCACAACCUGGCAAACGUCGUCCUCAAGCCCAAGACCUUCGAGCUGGAAGAGAGCAACGUACGGCUCAAGCUGACCAUCGUCGACACCGUCGGAUACGGAGAUCAGAUCAACAAGGAAGACAGCUUCAAGGCGAUAGUGGACUACAUCAACUCCCAGUUCGAGAACUACCUCCAGGAAGAGCUCAAGAUUCGGAGGUGCCUGGCCACUUACCACGACACCCGAAUCCAUGCCUGCCUCUACUUCAUCUGCCCAACUGGCCACGGGUUGAAGUCCAUCGACCUGGUGUGCAUGAAAAAACUGGACAGCAAGGUCAACAUCAUUCCCAUCAUUGCCAAGGCAGACACCAUCUCCAAGACAGAGCUCCAGAGGUUCAAGAUAAAGAUCAUGAGCGAACUGGUGAGCAACGGGGUGCAGAUCUACCAGCUUCCGACGGACGACGAGACCUCUGCGGAAAUCAACCAAAGCAUGAACGCCCACAUUCCUCUCGCCGUGGUCGGAAGCACGGACUUCGUGCGUGUCGGCAACAAGAUGGUCAGGGCUCGGCAGUAUCCCUGGGGCACCGUCCAAGUGGAGAACGAAAACCACUGCGACUUCGUGAAGCUGCGCGAGAUGCUGGUGCGCACCAACAUGGAGGACCUGCGUGAACAGACGCACAGCCGCCACUACGAGCUGUACCGGCGGAUGCGGCUCGAGCAGAUGGGCUUCUCGGACCUGGGCACGGACAACAAGCCCGUCUCCUUCCAGGAGACUUACGAGCAGAAGCGCCAGGAGCACCUUGCUGAGUUGCAGCGCAAGGAGGACGAGAUGCGGCAGAUGUUUGUGGUUCGAGUCAAGGACAAGGAGGCGGAGCUCAAGGAGGCUGAAAAGGAGCUCCACGCCAAAUUCGACGCGCUGAAGAAACAGCACGCGGAGGAGAAACGGAAGCUGGAGGAGGACCGCAAGCGCCUGGAGGACGACAUGAGGCGCCUGGCCGAGAAGAAGGCCAUGGUGCAGCAGAUGCAGACCCACUCGCACACCCUCACCCUGGGCAAGAGCAAGAAGAAGUGACUGCACCCCGGGCUGGCCUCCGCCCCGGGACCGCCCCGGACCACCCACUGGAACGCCACGAAGCGCUCCGCAGCUCAACGUUGGGGCGCCCUGGGGCGGGGGCUGGCGGGAAUGGUGCGACGCUGGUUGUGCUUGCCGCGCGUGAUGUGACGCUUUCUUUGUUCCUCCGUCUUUUUCUCUCUGUUCGGAAAGGGGGGGUUGUUUUCUUGUGUUUUCGAUCGACCGCAAGGUUUUGGCACGGAAGCUACGCUCUGUUUCGUGUUAAGCGCAGGCGUAACGGAAGCCGUGAGAAAGGGCUCUGGGCUUUCGGCGUCAUUGGGAAGCGCGGGUGCUUGUGUGGUGCAAGCGCCAUUCCGGGCAGUAUGCUCGCGCCUCUAGCUACAGCUUCGCUCGCGGAUAAAGUGAGUCAAACCUUAGUCACUUACGGAAUGAGAAGGGCAAGGUGUAUGUUUCGAAUGCCCGUCCUUCGACCAAAGCACGCCUUCCGUCGUGCUUUGGCUGCGCGCGUGCGCUCGAGGGCCACGAAACGGAAGCGUCGUCGAAGGUAGGAAUUUUGCGCUGGAGACGGAACAUUCUAAGCUCCUCUCUGCCAUUCUCACCUUUUUGGUGCCUAUACUGUGCGCCGAGAAGUUCAGGUAGUGGAAGAGGCGAGAGGCCCUGGUUUAAAUGUUUAGUGGGUAGACCUAAAGCUAGCGGCCUUUGUCUUCACUGCACUUGUCAAACGCAUUCGAAUGCGAGAGCCAAACGCUGAAUGCCAGCGUUCCACGCUCGAACGCGUUUGACGAGUGCAGUGGAUACAGAGGCAACUAGGGGCGUUAGGUCCACCCACUAAUGAUUAGAAUCGGAGCUCGUCCUUCUGGCGUCCCUGUGACCUCUCGUCUUGUCCUUUCCCUCAGUUUCUCUGCGCUUAGAGAUUGAGCGACGUAUCUGACGAAGUGAAGCGAACGUACGAGCGGUGAAGCCAGUGUGAAGCCGUAGCAGAACAGAACUGUGUAUCGACACCUACUACAACACGUCGGUUGUCGAUCUAUCUUUAUUAUUUUUUUUCUUUCUUCUUUUUGAUGCCAAAGGCCACAAAGUAGUAAACAUAAGAGAUAGCAUGUUCUAACGAUGCACACAUUGUGCUGGCACUGUAGAGGUGAUGACCAUUGUUGCAGCCGUGUUUUCUAAGGGAAGGGUGUUCUCGACGACAUUUGCAGACAUUGCUAGGGUCUGGUAGGCAAAGGCGAUGCUGAUGUAGCACUGCUGGAAAGCUUGGGAACGACAUUUUGCCGCACCCCGCUGGAAAAUUAGAGUAGGCUAGUGUUGAUUUGGAGAGCAGAUUGUUCUGCACGGCCGGUUGUGCUCAUUGUCUCUUUCAAGGGAAUAGGAAUGGUCUCCAAAGAAUCUGCGCUUUUUUUGCGAGCUGGAUGGGGCUUUCUUGGGUAGCUCACCUCCUAACACUGAAGUUCAUAUGGUGGAGCAGAACAAGAAAACAAAACUAUAGUCCGUUGCAACCUAAGAACGAAGGGCGAGAACGAAGGGCGAGGGUAAGGCGGGCCAGGGAGGAGGAAGCAGACGGAACGCUAAAGAGAGAAGGAGGUUCCCCCUCUCUUCUCCAGCGUUUCGUCCGCUUCCUCCUCCCCGGCCCGUCUUACCCUCGCCCUUCGUUCUUAGGUUGCAACGGACUAUAGUUUAGCAGGGUUAUGAAUUCUUUGCUCUUUUUAUAUAAUAUAUUUUUGUUAUGUAUCGAUUUUGAAAUUGCACCCUUCCUUUCUCUUCCACUCUCAUUUUGUUCGGCAAUCACGUUAUCGCAGUCUAGUGCGCUUCUUUGUUUUUCCUUUCGAAGCUUCAUUCCUCGUUUUUGUUUAAUGAGAAUCCUCCAAGACUGUCUGGAUUCUCGGCUUCUCAAAGCGCCGAGGAGUAUUGUCGCCGGCACAUGUGGUGGUGUUCUCGCACGUGUGUAUGCCUCAUUCGAUCCGAUCCUUUGUGUCUCAAACUGCCCUUUCCAAAGUUCACUGCCAUCUAGCAAUGAUGUCCCCACCUACCUGAAGAUCAUAAAUAUAGUGUCAUUCAGUGGCAGUAGCUUGGGAUGACUCGUCCGAACUACGAGAUUCGCUGCAAGCAAGGUGCGGACCUUGAAAGCUGCCUGGUGGGUUUUCAGAAUGGGUUUAACGCAGUUUUCAUGCUUCUUUAAAAGUGAAUCGUUGAAGGGCAUUUGUCUUGUUUUGCGUCGUCGGCCUACUUUGCUUUUGAGAUUAUUGCCAGUGUUGUUAGUCCUUCGAAUUAUGUGCCAGAGCUUGCUUGUCUAUUUGCGCUAUUUAUCCUUUUUACCUCAACUCCUUCGUCUAGUAUUUUUACAUUCCCUUUUUUUGUUACCUCGUCAAUUGCCAACGAGUUUGCAGUAAGCGCUAAGAGGAUCUAUCCGUCGCAGCGUCGUUGAAAGCGAGGCUGUACGAUCGACGUUAAUAUUAUCACGUCAGAUAUUCGGGCAUUGUUUCGUUGGGACCGUGUUGCUUUUUGUUGUUUUGCUUUGUUUUUGACUGACUACAAAUGUGAAUUUUUGGUAUUUAUGUGCCGCAACGUUCAACUGGACCUCACUUUAUCGGUAAAACCGUGCGUGGCACCGCUGGUUUAAGCGGUCCGGUGCGCAGACAGGGUUACGGAGGUUGAAAAAUUGUGCGGAAUAUGUCCGCCAACCGCGACGGCUGCGCACUUUUCCACGGGACGCGCGUCGACGGCGAUCUUCCGCUGCGUUCGUUUGGGGCUGCCCACCUUGCCGUUUUCGGGCGACAAGUUAUGUAGCCCACAUCGCGAGGUUACGUAGCCCACACCGCAGCCUCUCGACAGCGUGCGAACACCCCGAGCACGUUCAAUUUACGUAGCAAUAUGUGCAUUCGUUGUGAUUGUGUAUGUUUAAUAUAUGUCUCGGUUUUUGAUACAGGAACACCUCUAGGAACAAACGCUCGUGAAUGUUGCUUCUGUUCACAGUUUUCUGCUUUGAUCUUUUUAUAUGCGGUCAGCAACGAGCACAACGUCAUACUUUGUUCACAGUGUUUUGCGGAUGUCUUUUUUUUCGUUUGUUGGAGGAUUCCAAAGGGAUGAAUUUCAAUACCUAUUGUGAAAUUGUGUAAUGGAACCAUCUGUGGUUGCUGACAGCUUUGGAAACGCAGGCUCAUUAUGCUCUCUCUUCUUGCUUCGCGAUUCGUUGUUCGGCCUUCUUAUCGGCUAACGCUGCGAUUCCAUUGGUCGCGGAGCGAUAAUGAAAUGCCCAAGGCUUGCCACACCCUUUAUUUCUUCAGUUGUCAGCCACUAUGGGAUGCCUCGAAAAUGGCACUCAGUUGCCUUUCGCUUUGUUUAAACUGCGGCGUGGAUUUUUAGACUUCUUUUAUCGAAGCAUUCCCCUCAAGGCAGGAAGGAGUGCUUGAAAUGAAUAAAGCAAUUUUCAUAGCCAUCUGAUUGAACACACGAGGUUGAGAUCAAAGUAGUGUAACAACCGGUCGUGAAGGAGGACUUUUUACCGUCCGUAACGUGCAGCAUCGUGGUUUGACUAGAUUAUCCACCCGUGUCGAAUAAAUGGGAUGGGUGCGGUGACAAAUUUAAGUGACGAUAUAUUACUGAGCUUUCAAAAUGUGCCAAGUUGUUUGGCUUAAAGGGAAGCUGAAGCAUUUUUCAAGAAAUCCGAUUUUGGAGCUAAUGUCUAUAGCUUUUUCUCCCGUGAAUUCAGUUAUUGCACUUAUCUUGGGCAGAAGUAAACGUAACCCGCAUUUAUUUUGAAAAAUAUGCACAGCGAUUGCCGCCGAGCGUGCGGCGAUCCCCUGUGGCGCCUGUUAUCUGUCCAGGGCGUCGUGACGAUAUAGUCGGCAUCCCCGAACCAGUUUUGUGGCGAGCAAGGGUCCUUUGUCCGCGCUGAUUAGGUCACUUUUGCUAGUUUUUCUCUUUCUCGCGCUUUCCUAUCUUCACCGUGUUGCAAUGGGCGGGUCUACGUCGAAAUUUUUAUUGGCUAUUACGGCGCUUCUACUAAUAAGAUCGAAAGAAAACUUAAGAUCUGUAAUUAUUAAGGUGUCUACAUUACAACUUUUAUUGUUUGUUCGAAUUCAAGGAUCUCUUCAGCUUCCCUUUAAGGAUCAAGAUGCUGCAGGUUGUAUCAAUGUGCUCCCUGAGUGUGCUCCCUGAGUGUGCGAUUUAGCAAUUAUCUGGGGAGACUGUGAAAAUCUGUGGACAAGUGACGGAACGCUUUGAUAUGCUGCAGUCCUAACGGUGGUCAAGUGUGGCCGCACGUGCUGACAACUUGUGAAUGGUAUCAUUGAAUUGUGUCUACUUCCAUGCAUGAUUGCUGUGUGCACUUCUGUGUCUCAUAAGAAUUGUGAGUGCUUUUUUGAGAACCACACAAGGUUCGCAGUAACGAGAAAGAGUUGUACAUGAUGCUUUUAAUUGUGUUUGUGCAUUUAUCAGUUUCCUACCUAGUAAUCCAGUCUCCAAACCAUUGUGCGUGUUCCUAAACCUUUUUCUUACCUAGUCAGUGUAUCGCAAUGGAAUAAGCGACGAUAUUAAAAGGAUACAAACAAGAA